UUUGCUUCACUGACUACUCCAACUGAACUGCAUUCGAUUUAAUUUUAUUACUUUUACUAACAUUAUAAUGGAAGGAAAUCAGCGUAAAACCAAAAAGUAUUAUGAUAGGGUUAUGCCGCGUGUCAAUAGUAUAUCUCGUUCAAGUUUAAAAUCAAAUCCAAACAUUACCCGCCACGACACUUCUUCCUUACGUCUCGGCGGCAAAGCAAGUAUUUCAAACUUUAGUUCCGGUGUUAUAAAUGAACUUCCAACAGUUUUGCAUGAUUACAUUCCUGAAAAGGUAAAGCCUAAAAAGAUCAUACACAGUACGAAACCGAAAAGAACGCUACAGUCUUUAGAUUUGAAAAAGUCUUCUCUUCAAAUAAAAAAUGUGAAAAGUAGUAAAAAUCUUCACGCCCAGUCUUCGGCGCCAGCUAUUCUGAAUUUGGAUAAAGAAGACUUAUCAUCAAGUCUAAGUCAUGUCAGACAGUGUUAUUCAAGUCGGUCUCACACCAAAUUAAAAGAAUUAAAGGAGGAAAUAAAAGAAUAUGAAAAUAUAAAAAGGACUAAAAACCUCUGUGGUCGGCUAUACCAAUCAUGCGGAGUAUUGCUGAAUGCAGAAGGAAAGGUAGCAGCUGACAAGGCGGUUCAGGCUGAGAAAAUAGAUGAAUCGCCACCAUCGCAAAGAACGGCAAGGACCGCCGGAGAGAAUGCCGGAGCCCCUUUGUUUAACCAACAGAUGAGGCCAGCCUCCCAUUACCCAGUCGAUCGAUAUUUGGUUGAGAGCAGCAAAAGGAUGGAUAUUAUUGAAAUAAUGGAUGAUGAUUUAUGGAAGCCUGAACCAGCACUGCGGCCCGAAGAUGAAUAUUUAUUGAGAAAAUUGCAUGACAUGCUGCAAUCGACUGCAGAUGACCUGAAAGUUCUAUCUGGAGAGUUAUCGAAAUAUCACGAAUCCGGGGUACAAAUUAAAACGCUGCCGACACCGUUGGAUGAAGAUUUUAAUGAAAAGGUUCAUGUUGAAGAAGUAGUCAAUGCAAAAUUUCAUGGUCAUAAAAUUGUUAAUCCUUCGCAAUCCACUUCACAAAAGAGCCCUACUCCAGUACAAGAUUUGAUUGUCAAAGAAUUACGAAAAAAACAAGUCAACUGUGACUCUCGUAAAGAAAUAAAAAAAACGAAAAACUUAGAAAUUUCUCGAACUAAACUUGUUCAUAUACCUGAAAGUGCCAAUUAUGUGUUAGAUACUAAGCCUUUAGAAUUAAGAAGUAAAAAUAUACCUAGUAAAGAAAGAGCCGUCCAAUACAAUGAAAUUGUGUAUCAAGAAAUUGACAAAGGGGAAGAUAAUAGUAGUCAAAAACAAUUUCAAAUUCAAGAAAUGCCAAGCAUAAAUAUUAGAAGUGAAUUUAAAAUACAACAAGUAGCACAAUUAGAUAUAACGCCAGAUUCCAAUACCGUUAAGGAGGUCUCAACAGGCAAAAGUAAUAUUUGCGUAAUUUCGGUAAAUCACGAUUUGCCUACAGUAUCCUCCAGUAAGGAGCUUCAAAGAAUUGAGGUAAACUUCGAGACCGCUCCUGUACGAAAAAUAUCUAAAAUGUUAUCUUAUGAAAGCAGUGAAUCAUCACCAAAUAUUGAAGGUAAGAGAAAAAAUAUGAAACAAAACCUUGUUACACAAGAUACAAAAAAGCCAAAUACACGAAGGGCCGAAACUAAAUAUUUGAAAUUUGAUACUAAAAGAGCUCAAGCAUAUUUGAAUGAUUGGAAAAGAAAAUUAAGUUCAGUGUACGGUCAAUCCUCCAAAGAGAGCAAGCCUCAAUUGAAAUUAAAGAAAACAACAAAAUUAUCAAAUACCCAAAAUUUCAACAAACAACAUUCUGAACUAAAGGCAAUGAUAAAUAAUGAUUCAGAGUACAUUCCUUAUACCAAAUUAACUUUAGGCGGUGUUCAUGUGAAAGACAUCGAGGAAGAAAUAUCGCACAUACCAAACAGAAAAGAUUUACCGCUAAGUCCAAUCUUGGACAAAAUUCUCAGUCGUCAGAAUUCUUUCAGUAAUGAUAUUUCUCAAAAGAACGAAAACAAAAGUAAUUUAAAGGUUUUGACUACGUCUGAUGAAAACUUACUUCAGGAAGUUUUAGAUAUUGAAGAAAAAGUAAGCAUCACCUUAUCCAAAAACUUAAACAAAUGCAGUGAUAUUAAUCAAAAUUCAAGUAGCAAUGGAGAGUCAACUAACAGUCCAGAUAAUACGUAUGCUGAUGAUUUUGAGGCUGACAAUUCAAAUGGGAUAACUGAGAAGUCAGAAUCUUCAAAUACAAAGCCAAAUCUAAAUGAUUCCAUAAGAAUUGAAGAUGACUAUGAUACACCUAGUAAAAAAGAUCACGUUCAUAACACAACUUCUGUGAAAAUAUCAAAUUUAUCCUUAAAACAUAAAAUAGAGACAUUUGAAUUUAUUCAUAGUAUUGAUACUCGGGAGCAUGCAACACAAAGCAACGCAGUUAAUAAAAUUUCGCUAAAAGAGACACAAACAUCUCCUCGAAGUGAUACUCUAAUACGUAACGAUCAAUCUAUAGAUCCUAAACACGAAGUCGAAAACAUGUUCAAAUUAGAAAAAGAUUUUAUAAAGAAACUUAUUGUAGACGAAUAUAGUGAUUUAAUAAUUAAUAAAAAUAAGCCGUCUACUUCAAAUGAAUCCAAAACUUAUAUCGAUGAUAAAAAUAUCUCAUCAGUACCAAAAAACACUCAGACUUCCCCAGCGCGCGUGAAAAGCGUAAUGACGUCACCUACUAGAACUAAAACAAGAACAACAUCGCCGUUAGCUUUGUCUGUAACUAUAGAUAAACAAACAAGUCCCUUAGCCCAGUCAACCGAUAAAAACUUACCCGCAACAGUUUUGUCGGACAACUCAGUUCAUUUAGAAGAGUUUGAUAUAACAAUCAAUUUAUCAUCACCUAGGUUUCAAUUGCAGUUGCCUAAAUCGACAUCUAUCGCUAAAAGCAAACAUACAGACGUUAAAAAAUUAAGAUCUAAAUUUGUGUCGAGUAGUUCUAGUUCUGUAGAAGACUAUACAUCAUCUGACAUAAGUUUUGGUGAGAUGAGGCGUUUACAAAGGCGUUCCAGGAGACACAAAGCUACACCUAUAUCCGAAUUAAGUUCUUCAACUUCAAAAUGUUCAGAUCAUAGUUUUGUUGUUCCCAUUCGCAGUGAAGGUGAAGUGAGCGUCUGUCAGACAAAAUCCAACAAAUAUAGUAAAAGUGAGGGAGAAAUCAGUCUAGGACAGUUGAGGUGACCAAAAACUUACCAAUUAAGAAGAAAUAUCUUUCGAUAUAGGUUACAUCUUUUAGAAAAGCUUUUUUACAUGAUUAUCUUGUGAAGUAAUCAAAGCUAUGCUUACAAAACAUUAGUGCCUUUAUUGUUUGUUAAAUCGUGAAACUUAUUUAAUAAUACAUACUUUAAUUUUUGCUGUCACCACAAGUACAAAUAAGUUAUUAUUAAGUGAUAUUAUUCCAUAAGUAAAGCUUCCUGUAUAUUAUUAAGUACCCAAUUAUUUGUAAUAAAAUAAAUAUUAUUUCUUGUCAA